AAUAUGGCUGCGCUGGUGGAAGGACAGGAGUAUGGUCUCAUCUCAAACGAUUCUUCCAUCGGCAACAAAACUGUAAUUCACGUCAAGCUAACAGACUCAGCUCUUAGAGCGAUAGAAGAAUUUUCUAAAAUCAAACAUGGCACCAACAGAAGGCCUACAAUACAGCUUGAUGGGAACCAAGGGCACUUCCAAGUCCCACUCCGAGGCUCAGGUGAUGACCCUAGGGCCUCGCGCACAUUCCGAUUUAACCUGGCACAACUUCAAGGCGACCCCAAUGGUAGCUUUGAGUGCAUCCAACAGCCAGACUCCAGAUAUGGUCACACACUUGAAAGUUUGGGCGUCAUGCAACAGAAAAUCAAUGUCCUCGCAACUGACGAUGUGUACAAGUCCACACGAGAACGUAUGACACUUGCUGAGGAAGAAAGCAAAAAAGUCUGUACAAAAGAAAUCAAACCAAGCGGCCGAUACAUCAGCAAGAAAGUGAAGAAAGUGAUAACGAACGGUCAUAACAAGCACUUACCGCCCACCAAUAAAAACAAUAUUGCAAUCAGCAAACCCCAACCCCCACCUCACAUCCCCAAAAGCUCAACCAACUUCUCCAAUGUGUCAAAUCCUGGUCAGUCAAGACUCUCGGGGACUUCUCAUCUCCCUAAUGGUGGAACAAACCACUCCCCCAACAGGGUCACAGCCAGUCAGCAUUCACCUCACAGAAGUACUGGGUCCAACCAUUCUCCUGUGAGGGGUAGUGGGACGACCACAGUGUCUUCAAUGUCUACCAAACCAUCAUCUCAUGUGCCGCCGUCUAGCGGAGGGGGAUCCAAACCUAACUCUGCAAUCAUGAACAUGCCAUAUAGAGAAAGAAUCAUUCAUUUGUUAGCGGUGCGGCCUUUCAAGAAGCCCGAGAUGUUACUGAGACUAAAGAAGGAUGGUAUCCGGGAAAAGGACAAGAACUCUCUAGGCAGCAUCCUGCAGCAGGUGGCAGUACUUAACAAGAGCAAUAGCUACACCCUUGCAAACCACGCCUGGAUUGACGUGCGCACAGACUGGCCAUUCUACGCAGAGGCAGACCGCCAACUUGUGAAAAGAAAUCUCCAGAACCUGCAAGCCGAGUCUCGAAGUGCAUCCACGUCCCCUGCAGUGUCCCCCAGCAACCAGGCUCCUGAAAGCCCCAGCAACUCUCAGAAACGUGCAAGUGAGGAUGUGAUUGAAGCCCCCCAGCCAAACAAGAAGCAGAGAAUAUCCCACCAUGAGAAGAGGAAAGAACCCUCUCCCGUCAACGGUCUCAAGUCCAGCAACAGUCACCAUCAUGCACCGCAUGACAAACGCAAGUCCUCCUCACUGUCCCCUGAUGCGAACAGAGAGAACAAGGCGCAGCACAUAGAUGAUAACGGAAACACAGUGUCCUCCAAUUCCAGCAACUGUGCUGAUUACUUAAAGACUUACACAAUGAUCAAGAACCAGGAACAGAGACAGAAGUAUAAGGGUGAUUUCAACUCCGAGUAUGACGAGUACCGGAAGCUGUUCGGUCAUCUGGAUACCAUUGCCAAGAAGUUUGGGGAAUUAGAGAUAAAGAUUCGCAAGACGAAGGAAGGAUCGGAGGCCUUUGAGACUUUGAAGAACAGGAUACUAGAGGAAUACCAGACCCAGAAAAGUGAUCCGAAGUUCAUUGAACAAAAAAAGCGCUAUGACUACCUACACAAGAAACUGGCACAUAUCAAAAAGUUGAUAAUGCAUUUUGAUCAGUGUUCCCUGUCCCUCUGCUCAUAGCAGCAGGCUGGCUGGCCCGGAACAGACUUACAAGCUGUGGUUGUGAGAUCUACUGGAGUUACAGAGUGAACCUCACCUGUGGAUUCUACACAGAUUGCUUGGAUCUUACCAUGGGUAAAUAGGAUGUAUUCCACGGGGUAAUGAGUCUCGCCGACUGCUGGAUGGAUGUGGACGCAUGGUCUGUUGUCUGGCCAGUAUACCGACUUGUUCCCAAGUUGAAGGAUGUUUCUGGAUCUACUGAAUGUUGCAAGAGUGUAACAAGAGUCCCUGGUGUGGCUCUUCCCGCUAGUCACUGGUGGAUAUGUGGACAUGGUUAUGUUUCUGAAGGAAUGUGAAUUUGGAUGUUUGCAGGUUUGUCAGACAAGCACCUACCUGGCUGAUGAACUGUCUGCUGCCUUUUUUGUUUCGAUAAAAAUGGCCUGUUUUUUGUUGGCCAGUUUGUUCUACACACCCAGUUCAACAUGCUCCUGUUAAUGAAGCGUGAAUCUUCCCUAUCUACACAGCACCCCCUGUAUAAAUGUUCUUGUGUCUGUCUGUCCGUACGUCCAUCCAGUGCCUUGUAAUGCUCCCGCGCAUGCAUGUAAUGCAGGUGCAGACCGAGCUGAUGCGUGUGCAUGGCCAGCUGAAGGUCACUGAAAGAGUGAUGUCACACAAGCCAAGCCUCUCGCUCCAAUAAUGGCACAGGUCUACUUUGCCAUAAUAGUGUACUUUUGCUGAUAAGUGCUUGAGGCUGCUGGCUUCACAAAUUGGCCAUAUCACAGUAUUGGUGAAAUUUUCUCUUUUGUUUAAUAAUUAUUUAAUUUAAUUUCAAAGAGUUACUAGUUUAUUUAUGACCAUGUGUUAAGUUAUUAUCAGUUUGGCAUUCUCAUCUUUUAUUUUGAGAAAGCAAAUGCAUCUCUUACAUAUUUAUCUUUUGAAUUGACUAGCUUGGGGACAUAGCAUGUCGCAUACAGUGUUUAUUUGGAACCGCUGAAUCAAAGGAAUGUAGUUCACAAAGGAGUGCCAUGUGUUUGUAGAUUCUUCCUUCAGGAAGCUUCAGCUAAUGUAGAACUCCAAAGAACCCAGUUCUCAAACUGUACUAAUCAAAGGAUGUUAAGGACCACGCGAUUCUUUCAUAUUACUGGAGUUGAUCCGUCAUGUUAUAGGGCGGUCGGGUAGCCUAGUGGUUAAAGCGUUCGCUCGUCACGCCGAAGACCCGGGUUCGAUUACAGUCAUGGGUACAAAAUGUGAAGCCCAUUUCUGGUGUCCCCUGCUGUGAUAUUGCUAAAAGCGGCGUAAAACCAUAGUCAGUCAGAGGCUGUCAUGUUACUAUGGUAAGAUGAAAGAAUCGGGUGGUCCUUAACUUAUUUUGAGUAGUAUAUAUGUUUAAAUGUUAUCACAACAUGUCAAAUGGCUUGAUAUUAAAAUAUACUGCUCAAAAGAGGUUUAAGAACAUCUGAUUAUUUUCAUAUGAAUGUACUUGCCUGUCAUGGCAGAUUAAUUCUAGUCAUAUGAAAAAAUCAGGUGCUGCUAAACAUCUUUUGAGUUGUAUAUGACUGAUCAAAAGCAGAGAAUUCUUUUAAAGAACAAAAAUGGAUCUUCUUGUCUUGAACUUGUACAUGACAUGCCCCAGACAAAGUAUUUAUUGGUAUUUAUACACCAUUAUUUAAAUGAGCACUUGUAGACCCUUGUACAUUAGGUUGUUUAUGUGAAAACGGUAAUUUGAGCAGUGGUGCACCUUGGUGCAGAUAGUUAUGUAAUGAAAAAACAUGUUGAAGCCAGUGUAUGAAUCCUGAAAGAGGUGACGCCUUGACGAACUGGAUGACGGUUGUUCUCCUGUCGUUGGUACUGUUGAACAAAUAUAUCAGUAGUGUCUGUUUUGUUUUCAGAAUGUAAGGAAACUAUUUUAUGUGCUAUGUUAAUUUGAGAUGUCAAAGAUACAUGAUAUAUGCAUAUGAGAAUAUUUUUGAUGAAGAGAUAUCACAUAAACAUGUUGUUACCAUGAGCUUGAAAAAUUGUGUGCUGACAUGAAGCUUUGACCUGGCUACUCUCUGUAGUGUUGUCAGGGCCACCUCCAAGGAGAUGCUCUGGGCAUGUCGAGUUGUAUGUUCGUUGAACGUUUGAAAGCUAUGGGACAAUAUAGGCAAUGAAUCUGUUCAUUUUGAAAGUCAAGUUUCUUUAGUGUUGCUUUUAUUCAGAAAGUAUAUGCUCAAACCUUCCCAGUAGUAUAACCAGCUGUUCUUUCAGCAUUGUUUUGUUAGGUCAACAUGACUGCUGGCCCUUUGGCUCGUGGCUAGCAGAAGGGUUAAAUGGGCUGCUGCUUGAAGCCAGUUGCUGCAUUUUGCUUUUUUACUUCAUAUUUGCAAAGAAUGUGCACAAAUUUCAAACAUAAACACUUAUCUGCUCAACUUGUUGAAGGGACAGUUUAUUAUACCGGUAUUUGUAUCAUGGACCAGUAGCCUCAGUGUUCAGUCAUCAGCAUGUCGGAACAUACAUGAUGUACUUCAGGCAUACCCCAGUCUUGAUGGAUGGGGCCUCUAUUUUAGUUGGUUUAAGGAUCUUCUAACACCAAAUCACUGAUAAAA